AGUGGAUGCGCUGUCAUGUGACCGGUGCGUAAAGGGCAGAACCGGAGUGGUAAGACACUCGCUUUUUUUUCUGCCUGGAAAUAAGGACGCGGGGAUGAGAAGCGAAACCGUGUCGGCCGCGUCUGGAAAAAGUAUUUUGUUGGUAGAUCUGGAUCCAGAGCCUAAGUCCAGAGUGGAGGGAGGAGGCAAGGCUGGGUCUAUCUCAGGCAGGGACCAUGGCGGCCUCUCCCGGCUUCGUAGCUCCUCGCUGGAAAUCAAAGAAAAAGAAAUUAGAGAAAAGGGCUCGGAGAUCCUCAGGGAACAGCUGGACACUGCAAAGAAGGAACUGAAACUAAAGGACAAGGAGUGUGAGCGUCUGUCACAGGUCAGGAACCAACUGGAGCAGGAGCUGGAAGAGCUGACUGCCAGUCUGUUUGAAGAAGCUCACAAGAUGGUGCAUGAGGCUAACGUCAAACAAGCAGCAGCGGAGAAACAACUGAAGGAGGCUCAGGGAAAGAUUGAUGUUCUGCAAGCCGAGGUGACGGCACUCAAGACUCUGGUGCUGACAUCGACACCUUCUUCACCGAACCGCCAGCUGCAUCCACAGCUGCAGCCGCCAGGAACCAGGGGAGCGGCACGCCACGUCCGCAAUAAGAGCGCGAGCGGUGCCUUUACAUCUUCACCUGGAAAGCCAGAACCUUCCUCAGUUUCCGUUGCGGCCAAAGAGCACCGAGAGCCUGCUGUUCCUGCUCUCCUUUCUCUGAUACUCUGCCUUGUUCCUGGCCAAUCUGUCAGUGUGACAUUUGACCCUUACUGGCAGGAGCGGGGGGAGGGGCUGUGCACUGACAGCAGACAGAUGGACUCUGUUCUGUAUGCAGAGUUUUUGCUGUGGAAGGAGAAUCCAAGUGUAGAGCGCUCCUCUGUCUUCUUGAGUCGCAUCUACAGAGAAGACAUCGGACCCUGCCUUUCCUUCACCAGAUCUGAGCUGUCGCAGCUGGUGCAGAGUGCAGUGGAAAACAACUCUUUGACUAUCGAGCCGGUGGCCAUGUCAGCGUUACCGGUGGUCAAAGCCUCCGCUAUCGAGUGUGGCGGCCCGAAUGGCUUUAGGGCAGGAAUAGAGACAAAAUGUGCAUUAAGCGGCAUGUCGCGCCUCUGCCGCCAUCGCAUUAAACUUGGUGACAAGGGGAGCUACUAUUACAUCUCUCCUUCCAGCCGAGCACGGAUCACAGCUGUUUGCAAUUUUUUUACUUAUAUCCGCUACAUCCAGCAGGGUCUGGUGAGACACGAUGCGGAGCAGAUGUUCUGGGAGGUGAUGCGUCUCCGCAGAGAGAUGACUGUGGCCAAGUUAGGUUUCUACCUCACUGACCAGGGCUAGAGGACCUGACAGUCCACUGAAACACCCGAAAGGACCGCAUAAUCCCAGGACCUUGAUUAUUCGAGGUCAGGGUGAAACUGUGGUAACUAGCAGUUCUUGGAUCAGUUUUUGUAGCAGGGAUUGUACAGAAUUAGUGCUGCAAGCAGAGGUUGAUCAAUAAGGGAAGUAGAAAAUGUUCAUGUGCCACUUUUAUGCAAUAUGACAAAGAGUUAAACCAGCACAGCUAGAAAGAAGUGACAUAACAUGACUUUAAAGAUGGUGGUAUUCCCAGAUAUGUAAAAUAUAUUUUCUGUUAUACUGCAGGCCUCCAGUAAUUCUCUCCACCAGUGAGGAGAAUUGUUACUUUUUCUGAACCUCCCCGGCGGAGUAUACACAACUUCUCAUGUUAAUACAAAUAGACUCUAAGUUUCAUGUUCCAGGCGUUAGUCUGUUGAAAAGAUGAGCACAAAGAAUGAAAGCAGUGUAGAGACUUUAGUUGGUCUCUUACCUCAAGUAUUACAUACUUGUAUAACUAUGUAAUGUAAUCAUUCUCCUGUGGGAUUGACAAUAUCCAUGUGGUUUCCACAGAACAAUUAUGUGGGUUGUUUUCUUUAUUCUUACAUAAAUAUAAUGCUCACUAGCAUCUCUUAGUUCCUUUCAUUUAGCGGCUCAAAGACCAGACAUUUGUCUCAGCAUGGCCUUCAUUUUGUUGAUGCACUCUUGCACUACUUGUUCUAGAUGCCUUGUACAAACACGUAAAUGAAACGGCUUCAUGUAAGCCUGACCUUCAUAAUCCAAAAUAAUGUUAAUAACUUAGUUAUGACACCUCCACACUCAAAAUAGUGACUGUUUUACAAUAUAGUCAAAAAAUGAACACUCUUCAAUAGAAGUGAUUGCAAUAUGCACAACUGUAGUUUUGCAUGUUUGCAAUGAAGAGUAUGUACAUGUUAAAGCCAUAAAUUACUUUGCAUGAAUGUAGUACAUAGCCAUAUUAUACAGUGUAUAUUGGUUGUACUUCAUAGAAUAGAUUUAUUGUUAUUAAUGUCCAAUUUGUACAGAAACGGUCCGUUGAAGGUAAAAAUUAAGAAUAUUGUGUCAGAAAGUGCAAUAACUGCUUCUUGGCCUUCUUUAGGGCUUCGAGGUUCCUAACCUGUGUACUGAUAAUUAAAGCACUCCAUUAAAGACGAGGCAUUGUAGCCUCACUACAUCACCUUCGAAGUGUGUGUGAUUUAUAGGUCUCGUUAGAGCAAAAUCUAACAGAAGAUAAAUGAAUCAGCUGGUUUGAUGUCGGCUCUUUGUGGCCUUUUGUGAAGUUUACACAAAAGUUCGGGAAAGAUGAUGCAUCGCUGUAGUUCACUUUAAAUCAGGGACCUAUUUCUCUCAGGGCACGGCGCUGACUUGGCUUUAGAUUAAGGUCGUCACUAGGAACAUGGUUACCCCGAUACCAAACGCUCCGAAGCACACAGUUACUUAACGGGUUUGUAAGCAGGAAUAAGGCACGGGGAUAGAGAGACGAUAUCCCGCUCAGAGAGGCUUUAUGGUAUGAAAAUCUGUUUCUGGAGCAGACAUUCCAGUAAGAUUUUCGUUUCCGGAUUGAAAGGACUUUGGUAAACUUGUUAUUCUGUUUUCAUGGCCUCAUCAUACAGAUUACAACCUGAAUAAAUUGUUUGACUUGGAUUGGUGAGUGACAUAAUGUGUAGUCAGAGGACAAAACAUGUGAUCACAUGAGCAGGUCAUGCUUUAUAGUUAGUAGUUAUCUACAACAGGGAUACUUAUUAAUGUAAAACGUUAGUCUAGCCUUAAUGUUGUAAAUUAACAAGACCAAAUAUUCUACUAUUAUAUAGACAGAAAGUGCAAAGAUCAAUACAUUUGCAACUUAAAAUAAUGAAGACAGUAUGAUAAUCAAAUAACAUGCUUUAGAGGAACAUUAAAACAAACAUUGACCAAACUCUUUUUAACUUUUCCCCUGGCAACAUCCGGCAUUGACCAACUCUUCUUUCUUCGGAAAAUAUCUGCAACAGAGAUAUUUAGUUAUUCAUAUUUAACUUAAAAACUAUUAUGUUUUAUUAUGUUACAGGGUGAAUGAACAAUUUAUAGAACAUGUCAAUUUACUAAAUAUGUAUGACUUUAGCAGUGGUGGAAUGUGACUGAGUACAAUUACAUGUAAGUGCAGUACAAAUCCAAGGUAUGUGUACUUUAAUUUACCUUUUUAUGCAACUUUACACUUCUACUCAAUUAUAUCUCAGAGACAAAUUCUGUACUUUUUACUCCAGUGAAUUUGUCUCGUAAUUGCAGUUAUUGGUUACUUUUCAGAUUACAAUUUUUCAUGCUCUUACUGUCACUGUAGUGAAAACCACGUAUCCACAUUUGUAAUUAGAAGUUUUCCUUCAUGGGUUCCUUUUAAUUAAAUUCACUAUUUAAAAACCCUCUUGGAUCAGCUGAAAUUGUCACAGCUGUUCUAUUAUUUGCCUUUUCCCACUUAGUCAUUAUAUCCAUAUUACUGAUGAUUAUUUAUCAAAAUUCUCAUUGUGAUUGUGGUCAAGCCUACAAUAUCAUCAGAGUAUUUACUGACUUAUUUCAUAUCGUAGAACAAAACGUAAAAAGUUCUUAAACUUGAGUUAUCCACAAUCCUUCAUUCAGGCAUUUAACCAAAAACCCAUUAAAAAAAACCCCAUUGGUUUCAAGACGAGGGAAACAGAAGUACAACAAUUCCUUUGUAGCAGUGGCAAAGGCAGUCCUUUAGUAUUUGUAUAAAAUAACAAAAACACCUGGACCCAUUAAGUCGAUUUGUACCUCCAGUGUCUUACCUUCGACAACAGAACAUGAUCAUCAGCAGAGCCGCCACACCACCGAUCACUACUACCACUGCAGUGACGACGGAGACGACGGACAGCGAGGAGGGUUCUGCAUCAGUGCACACAAACAUGAAGGUCCAGGAUCAGAAGUAAGAGAUGUUUUUAUGCUGUGCAUGUUUAAAUGACUCUCAGCAAUGUAAGGACGGACGGAUUUAUCUACUUUUCAAAACAAAAGUUACAAAGUACUUAACAACAAAAGCAUCUGGCACCAAAUAUCAAACGGGAAGAACGUGCUAAAAGAAUCUUCAAAUACU